AUGUUGUUACAAAUGCACCAUUGUAAACAUUUUUUUAUCUAAUUUGCCCAUUGUAUUUCGAUGUCAAAUGGCCAAUAAUAUAUAAGCAAGUGUCGACAAAUUUCAUGUAUCAUUGAAGAUGAUCCGGUCUAAUCGUCUUAAUUAAUUAUACCUACAAUUUGUGUGUAACCUUGCCUACGCAAGAUUAACGAUGGCUGUAGUUAAAACCCCAGUUCUAAAAGUAAUAUUAUGUGGCGAAUACGGUGUUGGGAAGAGUUCUAUAUUCCGUCGAUUUAUCAAUGACACCUUUGUUCCUAAUGCAGACAGGAGAGCUACUUUGGGACUCGAUCAUUUUGAAAAAAUGUAUCAAGUUGCAGACAAAGAAAUCAAGUUACAGUUAUGGGAUACUGGAGGCAUGGAGAGAAUUGCAUCUGUUACCUCCAGCUACUAUAAAUUUGCGGAAGCUGCCAUCUUAGUGUUUUCCUUGGACAAUUCUUCAUCAUUCCAUGUACUGAGUCAGCAUUUACUGGAUAUUGUGACAUAUGCUGAAAAUGCCAAAAUAUUUUUGUGUGGAAACAAGUCUGAUCUUGAAGGAACAUCUCCACAGGUUACUGAUGCUGACAUAGAAACAUUCUGUGAACAAUGUCACAAUCUGAUAAACACCACAUACAAGACAUCAUGUAAGAAUGGAAAAGGCAUUGAAGAAAUGUUUUCUGACAUCGCUUUACAACUGGUGGAAUCAAACAGAUCGAGGAUUGAGUUGCAGACCUUAGAUCAUGAUAGCUUUAAAAUAUCAAACCCUGAGCCGCCUGAAGACCCCAGCUGCAGUUGCUGAACAUGAUUUUAAGCAUUUUCUUAGCACUUAAUGCCAUACCCUUAAGAAUUAUUCCUAGUUGUUUUCAAAUCCACAAAAUCACCUUAAUUACUUCUGCUUUGUGAAUUGACAAAUUGUAAUAUUUAUUUAUUAUAACAACAUAUUUACACAGCGUUACAGUUUGCACCAAAGCGCUGGCAGAUUUAUACAUGCAAAUAGCAAAACAGUACAUAAUUAUUGAAAUACAAUUUAGUCAUGCAAAUAAUAUAAAUUAAAAAUACCUAUGUCAAGUGAUUUUGCAACUACAUAUACAAUUUCAUGUCAAACAAUAUGUAUGUUUAUAUCCUGUAUAAUAUUUAAGUUCAUUAUGAUGAUUGUUUUUAUAAGAUAUACAUAUGAUUAGGGUUGCCUAUUAUAGAAAUUGGGCAUGGCUAUGCAUUUUUAAAUACUGGUAUUUAGUACCUUUAGUAAAAUAAGCUAGCUUUGCCACUAACUAAUGAAUAAUUAUAUGUAUCUAAUUAUUUGCUCUAAAUGUUCAUAUACUUCAUAUGUCAGAUAUAGGGUUGACAUUGUCUAUAAACUUUGGUAUUUCCUUGUGUAAUACUAAUACUUACACUAAUACUUAUAUUACCACUAAAAUUUUCUUUAAGUCUUGUAGGUUUUAUAAAAGAAGUUUUAAUUUCAUGUUCAAGAAGUGUUUAGUUAGUUUUGUUUAAUAUAGGUAGUAGGUUUUAUUUUAUAGGAAGAAUUUUUACAAUGACAGUUGGUGCAAGUGCCCCCAUAGGCCAACUGCGUCUAUUUGAAGUUCCACCACAGAAUAAGUAAUAGCAUUAUCAUACAGAAUGGCCACGCACCGCCGUGCCCCGACUCGAAUUACCUCACCCCACGACAGCAGAUUGACGGCCGUUUGCUGGCCGCUCAGUACUAUUUUUCAGCAACUUACUCACACUAUGACGCAUGACGCGUGUACGGACGUGCCGUUCACACAUAGAAACGCAACUGAUUCUUGGUGUAUAGCGUCCGCCCUGUGGUUCCACCGUGAACGUAUUCUGAUCCUUAUCUACUCUACGCCAUAUCCAUUUCUAUUUGUAUACUUGGUGUAAGAUUAUGAUGAUGAAACACGAGUAUACAAUAAAUUACCAUGUACGGACAGAAAAAGAAUAUGUGGUAUUUUCUAUAAAAUGGGAUCUUAUUCGAUGGCGCUUACGCCAUUAUUAACGAUGCUUCGAUAUAAAUACAAUGCCGCGCGACGCUGUGCGGCGUAAGCGCCAUCGACAAUAAGGUCCCUUUUCAUAGAAAAUGCCCCAUAUUGUUGUAGGUUACUUACCUAAUAUGUAAUUUAAUUAUGAUGGCUUGAACUUAAAUCAUAUCUUUCUUUAGAGUUAGUUUACUCAUCUACUUAUACAACACGUUAUGGUAACAAGCAUUUAUUAUGCAGAACAUGCCUUGUGUCCAUACCACUCAUGCCAGUGAACACUCUUAUUAAUUAUUAUCAACUUUCAAAUUAUAGGGCAUAGCUUUAUUAUAUUUUGUUAUGUUAAUGGUGCUAAAUACCCUAAAAUUUUUUGUGUAAUCGUUACAUGCUGUUUGUAAACAUUUGCCCUCAAUGUUUGUAAGUUUGUGUUGUAACGUCUAAUUAAGUCUGAUGUAAGGGGUAACAUAUUAAUUGUAAUUUUUUUAUGCAGCAUUGUUUAAUUAUUAUUAACACGAUAAUGUUAUUGGCUAACAUUGUAAGAAAUAAAAAAUGCUAACUUUAAAACCCAA